GACAAACAUCAAAAAAAUCUUGCUUCCAAAAUGUAUGGAGAUCAAAAUGGCUGCAGCUUUGAUUGGGAAGAAAAUGCUGCAAAAUCAGAAGAUGGGUUCUCACAGACACUCCACAACAUGAACCCCCAGCUUCCCUCUCAACCAUCCUCCUCCUUCAAGCCCCAGGAAGGCUGGACUAGCACCAACGCCACCAUUAACGGCCAACCAAGCUUCGUUGUUGAGGAUAUCACCCUCUCCAUGGAAGAAAUUUCGAACCACCAAGCUCACCAUCACCUCCGUCAUCAUCAUCAUCCGCCGCAAGAAGGUGAUCUCCUUUCUGCUGCCACCGCCAUGGAUAUGGAGCUACAGCACCAGUUGGCAUUGGAGGCCGUCGAAAACUCCUACAACAGCAAUGGCGGCAACAGCAACAACAACACCCACUUGGUGUCGUCGUUUGAACAGCAGUCCAAUUGGGUCGACCCACAAUUGCCGGAAUCUCCAUACCCUCCGGCACCGGACCUUCUCAACCUCUUCAACUUGCCCAGAUGCUCAAAUUCCUCUUUGCUUCCAAAUUCUUCUUCCAAUCUCACCUUCACAAACACAACUCUGAAACCCAUCCAAAAUUCCCUGAGUUUUCUUGGUGAUAAUCAUCAUCAUCUUCCAACUGCAGCAGUAAUGGACAGCGCUUCUGCAUCCUCUGUCCUCUAUGACCCUCUGUUCCAUUUGAACCUGCCUCCACAGCCUCCAUUGUUCAGAGAGCUUUUCCAGUCAUUACCAAACGGCUAUAGCUUGCCGGGCUCCAGAAAUGGUUCUCUGUUCAGCAAUGGAGGGGAUGAAAUGGAAGGAAGUGGAGGGGUUUAUCAAGAAGGGUCUGAUGGGAGGCAAUUUGAGAAUGGAGUUUUUCAAUUCACGGCUGCUAUUGGUGAAGGAAGGGACGGGAAAGGGACCAAACAAUUCCCAACUGAUCGCCAAAGGAGAGUUCAAUUGAACGACAAAUACAGAGCCUUGAGGAAUUUGGUUCCAAACCCAACCAAGAAUGAUAGAGCUUCAGUGGUGGGAGAUGCUAUAGAGUAUAUAAGAGAGCUGCUGAGAACGGUGAACGAUUUAAAGUUGCUGGUGGAGAGAAAGAGAUGCGGAAGAGAGGGGAUCAAAAGGCAAAAAUUGGAAGCAGAAAAUGCAGCUGGAGCGAAUGGAGACGUUGAUAGCUCAAACAUUAAGCCUCUCAUUGUUGAUCCGGCAGACCAAGCCUACAACACCUCUUUAAGAAGCACAUGGCUUCAGAGGAAAUCCAAAGACACCGAGGUCGAUAUUCGGAUUGUCGACGACGAGGUUACCAUCAAGCUUGCUCAGCGGAAGAAGAUCAAUCUCUUGCUGUUCGCAUCCAAAGUGCUAGAUGAACUCCAGCUUGAUCUUCACCAUGUUGCUGGUGGCCAUGUUGGGGAUUACUACAGCUUUUUGUUCAAUAGCAAGAUCUAUGAAGGGUCUUCUCUGUAUGCAAGCGCCAUAGCCAACAAACUGAUUGAGGUUCUGGACAACCAAUAUGCAGGAGUUCCACCUACCAACAGCUAUUAGCUAGACUAGAGAAUUGAUAUUUAAUUGCAUUGCCUGGAUUAAUGUAUAUCCAUAUACGUACGCAUUUGUAUACGCGUAAGGUCUAUUAAUUGGGGAUAUAUAACAUGAAUUCGUAUACGGAUUUUGAACAUUGUUAGACAAAUAUUUGGUCCUUUGGAAAGAGCGCCAUUCGGAACACAUCUUUCUUGCCUCCUGGAAACUCAACAAUUUAACGCCUACAAAAAAGUGGCUCUUCCAAAUUAUUAUAAUUAUUUUAUUAGUUCCUCCGA